GCUUCAGCGUCAGCCUGUCAGCUAACUGGAAUGUGCGACGCACGCAUCGCAGACCCAACCGCAGGAUUCCCCCGCAGAGCCCGCAGUCCUUCACCGGGAUCAAGCAGAUUCAGAUAGCCGCUGCUCCGCCGGUCCCACUGAGGUACUUAAGAUGUCCUCCCCCACACAACUGUCCCCAGUUAUGGUCCCCAUGGUGCCGAUAUUCCCUUCGUCCACGCCAGCGGGGUAUGUGGAGCCUAAUGCUACCUCCUGUCAACAGUGGGAGCAGCCCCACCACCUCUUCUUCCAUCUGGGGAACUUGUCCCUGUUGCUGGGUUUGGUCCUUCCCACCACACUGGGUCUGCACAUGAUCCUGCUGCGCCUCUUUCUAAUGACAGGAUGCAGCCUCUUCAUUACCUGGGCAACACUGUACAGAUGCAACCUUGAUGUGUUGGUGUGGAACGUGAUCUUUCUGCUGGUCAACUUCAUGCACUUCUUUUUUCUCUUGUACAAACGCAGACCAAUUAAAAUUGACCGGGAGCUCCAGCUGGUCUACAAGCGGCUGUUUAAGCCCCUCCACGUUAAAGAAGCACUUUUCCAGAGGCUGACAGGACAAUUCUGCACCAUCCAGACGCUGAAAAAGGGCCAGGCCUACGCAGUUGAGGACAAGACGUCCGUUGACGAACGGCUCAGCAUUCUGCUCAAAGGAAAGAUGAAAGUGUCAUACCGAGGACAUUUCCUGCACAACAUCUACUCCAACUCUUUCAUUGACUCUCCAGAAUUCAGGUCCACAGAGAUGCACAGAGGAGAGAAGUUCCAGGUGACCAUCAUGGCAGAAGAAAACUGUAAGUUCCUGUGCUGGUCCAGGGAGAGGCUGACAUACUUCUUGGAAUCUGACACCUUCCUCAAUGAGGUCUUCCGCUAUCUGGUUGGCAAAGACAUCACCAAUAAACUGUACUCUCUGAAUGAUCCAAAGCUCAGCGACAAGGCGGUUAAGAAGAUGGACCGUCAGCCCAGCCUGUGUUCUCAGCUGUCCAUGAUGCAGAUGAGGAACAGCAUGGCCAGCACCAGCGACACCGAUGACAUCCUUAACCAGAUCCUGCGAGGGGGGUCUACUGAAAAGUCACCUGUUGCCAAGUCGUCUGCUAAGAUGAAGCGGAUAGAGGAAGGGAUGGAGGACGAUGUCUUUGAAGAACCAGCUCCCGACCACCACUCGAAGAACACGUCAGCAGAGGAGCAGUGAGUGGCAGAGGCGCAUUUUUGAACUGAUUCUGCAGUCAAUUCAAAGCCAAAUAUGAAGACAGUAAAGACAGAAGAAGCUCAGUUAGUGAGUCAGCCCAUCUAAGGAAGGGUUGUUAUUUAUUUUGUGACACUUUUAGCUUAUUGUUCUACAAAAUCUGCCACGACUGAAAUGGUAGUGAAGCAGCACUUUGUGUUUUCAGCAUGUGUUUUUUUUUGUCACAUUUGCAUUUAUUUCUAUUUCUUCUUUUUCACUGUUCUUUUAUUUCAUUGUAACUUCACAUUAAAGAAAAUCCUCUGAGGACGACUUUAAAUGAGAA